AUGCGGUGGCUGCAGUCCGUCUGGCUCUGCCUCCCGCUGUCCCUGGCUCUGAGCGGCCAGCCUGAGCCCAGGGGGCCCGGUGACCCUGGUGCCCCCCACUGUGGGCCCGAGGGCUUCCUGUUCACAGGGAACUUGAGCCUGGAGGCGGCCGCUCCUCCCGCCCUGGUAGCUUGGGACCAGCGCGGGCUGCUGCACAGGCUGCGGAAUGACUCUGACUGCGGCACCCGGGUCGGCACGGGCCCCGGCAGCUCCGUGCUGGUGGAGGCGGCCUACGGCGGCUGCUACGUCACCCAGUGGGACACACACUACGUCAUGCCGGUUGGAGUGGAAGAAGCGGAUGCGGCCGGGCGCAGGGUGGUGACCAAGACACAGCUGUUCAAGUGCCCUGUGGCUCUCCCGGCCCGAGACGUCCCUAACGCUGGCGUCUGUGACUCCAUCCCAGCGUGGGACAGGCUGCCGUGCGCUCCCUCGCCCAGCACCCGAGGAGACUGCGAGCGGCUGGGAUGCUGCUACGACGCUGAGGAGGAAAAUCCCUGUUACUACGGAAACACAGUGACCUCACACUGUACCCAGGACGGCCACUUCUCCAUCGCCGUGUCUCGGAAUGUGACCUCGCCCCCGCUGCUCUUGAAUUCUGUGCACUUGGCCUUCAGGAAUGACAGCGAGUGUGAACCCGUGAUGGUGACACACACCUUUGUCCUGUUCCAGUUCCCCGUCACUGCCUGUGGCACCACCAAGCAGGUCACCGGAAACCAAGCGGUGUAUGAGAACGAGCUGGUGGCCACCAGGGAUGUGCGAACUUGGAGCCAGGGUUCUAUCACCCGAGACAGUGUCUUCAGGCUCCGCGUCGGCUGCAGCUACUCCGUGAGCAGCAGCGCUUUCCCUGCGAGCAUCCAGGUCCUCACCCUCCCGCCCCCGCUGCCCGAGGCCCAGCCCGGACCCCUCACUAUGGAACUUCGGAUCGCCAAAGACUCGCACUACGGCUCCUACUACGCAGCCGGUGACUACCCGGUGGUGAAGCUGCUCCGGGACCCCAUACACGUGGAGGUCUCGCUCCGCGGCAGGGCGGACCCCUCCCUCGGGCUGCGCCUGCAGCAGUGCUGGGCCACCCCCGGCGCGAGCGCCCUGCUCCAGCCCCAAUGGCCCCUGCUGGUGAAGGGAUGCCCCUACGCGGGAGACAAUUACCGGACCAGACUGGUCCCCGUGCGGGAGGCCCCGGGCCUGCCGCUCCCCUCCCACCACCAGCGUUUCAGCAUCUCCACCUUCAGCUUUGUGGACUCGGUGUCGAAGCAGGCGCUCAAGGGACCGGUGUACCUGCACUGCAGCGCCGCCGUCUGCCAGCCCGCUGGGGCGGCACCCUGCCGGGUAACCUGUCCCGCUGCCAGGCGGAGAAGGCGCUCAGAGGGCCCCCUUCAGAACAGCACGGCCCGCAUUUCCAGCGAGGGCCCCAUGAUCCUGCUCCAGGCUACUCGGGACCCUGCAGAGGAGCUCAGGAAAUACUCAGGGUCUCCGGUGGACGCCCGCGCGCUGUGGGUGGCUGGCCUCUCUGGAACCGUGAUCGUCGGAGCCGCCUUAGGGGCCCUGUCCGCGUCCUGCUUGGCCAUCAGGAAGUGGAGAUGA